UGUUUUGUUUGUUCUUGGUAAUUAAAAAAAAAAACAUUUUCUUCACCAAAUAGUUUGUCUCUUUCUCCAAAUCUACCUCAAAGCAAGUACCUUCCUCCCUCUCAAUUUUGUGGGUUUUUCAUUUAUAGUGGGAUUCGACGUUGACAGAUUCUACAUAAAAGACAUUGAUCAUACAGACAGAGAGAUGGAAGCUUGUUAGCUAAUUGUAAUCUAUAGAGAGAGAGAGAGAUGGGAGGUUGCGUGUCGACGCCGAAGAGCUGUGUGGGAUCGAAGAUGAGGUCUAAGCGAAGGAAGAGUCGUAAAAGACGAAAGCUUCAGAGGAAGAGAGCCGCCGGAUCAUUUGACAAUCUCGAUCAUCCUCCCAACAACUUGCCCACUCCCAGUUUCAGAGCAAGUGGAGAAGAAGCAUGGUUUGAGUCCAAUGCAGCCUUUGAAACAGAUUGUGAUGAUGAUUUCCACAGCGUCACUGAAGAUAGCUUGUCUUUAAACGGAGGUGAGCGUGCGUCAGUCUCCAGUACUAUAACCACAUCAUCAACAGGAGACUCUGACUCAAACUCAAACGAAUCCAUGUCGCAGUCAAACACUAACCAGCCUGGUUCCAUAGACUCAUCAUCUGCAGAUGAAGAAGAACCCUUGCCUAGUAACUGUCUGCCUUGUCUGAAUCCAAUAGCCGUUGUUCCUUGUGUUGUAAAAGGAAGGUCUCUUAGCUCCAGCCCUCCAAGUUCCAGGAAAAAAGCGUCUCUUAAACUAUCUUAUAAAUGGAGAGAAGGUCAUGCUUCAGGAGCCUUGUUUCUUUCCAAACUACAGUUAAAGAGACCAGUAGCAGGUUCUCAGGUUCCUUUCUGUCCAAUCGACAAGAAAAUGCUAGAUUGUUGGACAACCAUCGAGCCAAAUAGCUUCCGUGUUCGUGGCAAAACCUAUCUAAGGGACAAGAAGAAAGAGUUUGCAGCUAGCCAUGCUGCUUAUAACCCUUUUGGCGUCGAUGUUUUCUUAUCAGAACGUAAAAUAAACCAUAUCGCACAAUACGUCAAGCUUCCCGUUAGCACCACAUCCGCAAAACUCCCAUCUCUCCUUGUUGUUAAUGUUCAGAUUCCAUUGUAUCCAACUACGAUCUUCCAAGGCGAAACUGAUGGAGAAGGAAUGAAUAUUGUUUUAUACUUCAAACUUUCGGAUAAUUAUUCAAAUGACCUUCCGCUUCAUUUCCAAGAAAGCAUUCAGAGAUUAAUAGAUGACGAGGUUGAGAAAGUUAAAAGCUUCCCUAUGGAUACAACCGCGCCUUUCAGAGAACGGCUGAAGAUAUUGGGACGUGUUGCCAACGUGGAUGAUCUGCAUUUGAGUGGUCCAGAGAAGAAGCUGAUGCAGGCUUACAACGAGAAGCCUGUUCUUUCGCGUCCGCAGCACGAGUUCUACUCGGGUGAAAAUUACUUUGAGAUUGAUAUUGAUAUGCAUAGAUUCAGUUAUAUAUCCCGGAAAGGGUUUGAAACAUUCAUAGACAGACUCAAGAUCUGUGUUCUUGAUGUUGGCCUCACAAUUCAGGGGAACAAACCAGAGGAGCUACCAGAGCAGAUUUUGUGUUGCGUCAAGCUAAAUGGGAUUGACUUCAUGAACUAUCAUCAAUUAACUCAAGAAGUGACUUAACUUUUUUUUUUUUUAUCCUCCUUUGUUUACCUUACAAACGACAUACAAAUUCUAAACGCAUCCCUUUAGAACACUCCAAAAACACAAAAAAGGGUGAUGAUUUUAAAGUGAAUAUAUAGAAUUUUAUGA